AUGGACGCCAUGAGGGAUACAGACCUUAUCGUGUUAAAAAGCCUCUCAGGUAAGACUACCAUAAUCACAGGAGGUGCAAACGGCAUAGGAGCAGAGACUGUACGCUUUCUGAACGCGCAAGGAGCAAACAUUGUGAUCGCUGAUCUGGAACGUACUCGUCCUAGUGCUGAAACAUUGAUACAAUCAUUACAAUAUCCUCAAUGUGCUCUCUUCGUGGGUAUGAACAUUCUCGUUUGGAGAGAAAUAAAGGCACUAUUCGCUGAAUGUACCAAGCACUUUGGAAAAGUUGAUAUCGUUGUUGCCAAUGCUGGGAUCAUGGAGAGUGUGCCGCUUUUUGAUAUCGGUGAUGUGGAUGAAGAGGGAGAAUUACGCGAGUCUGCAGAAGGAUUUCGUGUAAUCGAUGUCAAUAUUAAAGGAACGAUUAACACUUUACGACUCGCGCUUCACUUCAUAGCUCGUAACCAACCGGCAUCUGCGAAUGGAUCAAAGGGAACUGUAGUUCUCGUCACAUCAACCUCAGGCUACUUUGGUUCAACUGGGGUGGGAGCAUAUAUCGUAUCCAAGCAUGGAAUCACUGGUCUUCUCCGAGCGUCGCAGCAAGUUGGUCGAGAACUAGGAGUCAGAAUCAAUGGUGUUGCUCCUUUUUUCACGGCCACAACGACUUUCCAAGCUUUGGCCGACCAAUGGAAGAAAUCAGGACUCAAAUCAAACACGUUAGAGAAUGUUGCAACCACUAUCGCACUAACAUGUGUGCGAGAAGAGACUGGAAAAUGUUAUAUGGUAGCUGGAGGAAAAUGGAUAGAAGUGGAAGACAGUAGGCAGUCACUUAUUCCACAAUGGCUCGGUCAAGAAACUGCCCAGCUGUUAGAGAGCGCUGGCAAACUCUUUUAA